CAACAAAGGUGAAAUAUUAAUUUCUAGCCAUUUAUAUCCUACCCAUUUCAAUAUGUGAAGUGAAUUAUGUGGAUGCUACCGAUUUAUAAUAGGACUUGAAAUUUAUUUGUAUGUAAAUAAACAACCCAGGACUUAUUGGAUUCUAGGCGAGAUUUCUUCUCUUGAAAAACACUAGAUUGGUAUUACUUGGGGUGCACCGAAUGCAACAAAAAGGUCAUACCUGACGAUUCCAAAUUUAAAUGUUCUGGAUGUGAUCUCAUAAUGCCACAUGGAGUUUACAAAGAAUACAGAGAGAUUUUGGGAGCAAGUGCUUAUCUUCUUAGAGAGUUGAUGCUUGAGACUGUUGGUGAAGGCUCUAUGGAAGAUGUGGAUUUGUGGAACUCUCUUGAGGAUCUAAGCCAAAAAGUUGAAACAGUGAUCAAACAACCCAAGUUCAAGCCAGGGCGAGGCGACUUCGAGAAGGAAGAUCGAUGCAAUUGAUAUUGAUGAUCCUGUUAAGAGGCAACUUCUUGACGAACUAUCCACUACAUCUUCCAAGAAGAAGCUCAAGAGGGAGGCUUUGGAAAAAUUAUUGUCUUGAAGUAAUGGAUUAAUUUAAAGUAGACAGAUCCAUAGAACCUGAAUUUUAUUUUUGUCUUUUGUGUUUAUUACUGGAUAUUG